GCACUCUCAACUCUGUUCCCUAAACUUCUUCUCUCUUUUAACUUCUUCUUCUUCUUCUUCUUCUUCUUCUCUCUUUCCCUAAUUUUUCAGAUAAUUGUUAUUAAAACACAGAAGAUGAAUAGAAGAAACAGUGGAGGAGGAGGUGCAGCAACGCCAAAGCUUGAGCUGAAAUUGAACUUAUCGCCGCCGAGAGCGAACAGGGGAGUGGAAUCACCAAGCCGGUCUGCGACGGUGUCGCCGACGUCGCCGCCGAGUUCGUGUGUGUCGUCGGAAGAGGAGAUGAGAUAUUCGAACAGCCCUGAAACGACGUCGAUGAUGCUGGUGGGAUGUCCACGUUGUUUGAUGUACGUUAUGUUAUCGGAAGAGGAUCCGAAAUGUCCGAAAUGCAAAAGCACUGUUCUUCUUGACGUUCUUCAUGAUAACGCCGCCGUCAAAACUAGAAAAAACUAAAGACUAAAAAGAAAAAAGAAAAAAAAAAACUACAACAGAGACAGAGAAGAUGAACAAGUUCUAGAGAGAGUUUUUUUUUUUUGAGGAAUUUUUAUGAAGGUAGCUUAGUUUGUUUACUGUGUUGAUAGGAAAUUAGAAGUGUAGAAGGAUUUAGAGAGAGAUAUGAAGAAGUUUUUCUUUCUUUUCUUUUGUUUAUUUGGUGGGGUUAAAGAAAAAUAUUUAGGUUUAAGAUAUUUUUUUCUCUCCCUUGUUUUAGUACAAGGACUAUGUAACCAGCGUUUAACUACAAGUGCCCAAAUGUUUUAUGUUUCUUUCU